UCCCUUCCUUUUCCUUUCCUUUUCCCUCCUCCUUUUUUCCCUUCUCCCUUUUUCCCCCCUUUUCCCCUCUCCUUCCCCUCCUUGUUCAGGAAUAUUUUACCCCCUGAACUCCACAGUUUUACCCCUUUGAAGCAGGAAAACGUGUCCCAGUUACCUCAUAAAAGAUGGAUGUGGGAUAAUCCCUCAUUCCCAGCCGUGCCUGGAAUAAUUCCAGACAAUAAAUGUGUGGAUUUCCCUGGAAUACAGACACCUCAUUAUCUCCCACCUUCCACUUCCCCCCCGGCCCCAAGAGGGACAUUAAGGAAUUAUUCCUUUUAAAUCCUGAGAUGGGGUUUGGUAUUCCAGGAGCACCUUUGGGAUAGGAAGAGCUGCUGGAAUUGGCCUUUCCUUGUCUUUAAAAGGCUUCUGAAAACUGAUUAUCUUGAUUUUUGGGGGGAAAAAACUGAUUAUACAGACUUUUUUGGGGGGAAACCCCUGCAAUUCCAGGCAAACUGGUGCUGCUCCUUCUUUCCUUUGGGAUAAAAUCCCUGGAUUGAUGCAUUUUGUGGCUGUUUGGGGGCAAAAAUAUUCACUUUUGGGUCAGAACCCACCAAGGAACGUGUGAAAAGAAGGGAUAAAAAGGUUUAUUUUACUCUACUUGAACUUCACAUGUUUUGGGGGAGAAAAAAAUCCCAAAGUAUAGGGUUUAAAUUUCCUGGGAAUUCAGCAAAAUUUGGGAUAAAACUGGAGCUGGGAGUUCUGAACAAAAAAACCUUCCCACCACAGCACAGGGAUUUGGGCUGUUGGGGUGUUAAAUCUUUAUAUAUUUUCUUUAAAUGUUAUUUAUAUAAUCUAUAAUAUAUUUUAUAUAUUUAUGUAUUUUAUUUCCUGCUCAGAAUUCCCUUUUCCAAACCCUCAUCCCAACCCUGGGUGUGUUUAUUCCCCCCUUCCCACUUAAUUCCUGUUCCUUGUCCUCCUUUAAACUGAAUAAAACUCUUAUUUUUUGGCUGUUCAGGUGGAAUUUUUGGGGGGAUUUUUGAGCUUCCCCGGACACUUCACAGACAAUUUGUGUCUUUUUUCAGCUUUUUGGGAGGACUUUGCAGUGGUUUUUUGUGAGAAAUCCCUGGAUUUUUAGUGUCUGAUCCCAUUUUUUAGUCAGGAUUUAAUUCCUUGUGCUCCACAGGGGGGUCAGGGCCCACCUGGGGCCUCCAGAGUGUUGGAAAUUGGAUUUUUAUUGGAAAAUAAUUAGAAAAUGCCAAUUUCUGUGUACUCAGGGAUGAUCCCCAAGAUGGAAAUAACCUGGAAUAUGAGGCUCCAUAAUUCCAAAGCCAAUUAUCCACGUGAUCCUUUCCAGGAGCCCAAAACACCCCCAAAACCCCCAAUUUUUGUUUAAUUCUUUCAAACACCAGUUCUUUUAGCCGAAUCUCCCUGAGACUGAUAAAAACCCAGACAAAUUUCUCCCUCUUUCUCACUUUUCCACCCAAAUUUUCUUUGAAUAAUCAGUCUGGAUGGAGCAAAACCAGCUCUGGAAUUGGGAAUUUGGGAAUUGAGGGGUUUUUUUGACUUGCUGGCUGAGAAAUUUAACUGUUUUCCCUCUGCUGACAGUCUCCUGUAACAAUCCUCUGCAUUUCCAUGGGACGUGGGGAAGUUUCCUGCAGAAAUUUGGUCCUUCCAGCCAGAUUUGGGUUGUUUUGCUCCACGGAAAUUCCCUUAAAACAACAAUAUUUGAUCGAAAUCUGGAUUUUUGGGGCAGUUUUGGGGCUUUCCUGUCUCUCUGUAACCCCCCCACCUCCUCUUUGCGUUAAUUCCUGUUUUCCCACUGAAUUCCCACUUGGAUUUAGUGUCUUUUUCCAACCCUUCAUGUUGAAAAUUCCCACUUAAAGCUAGGUUGGAAUUCCUGGGGAUCUGCCGGGUGCCAGGAGCUUUACCAGGUUUUCCUGGCACAGCGUUUCCUGGUUCUGGCCACAGGCCACAGAGCAAAGCAGGGAAGUGAAACUGGGCUGGAAUCCCUCGGAUCCCCCUGGAAUUCCCAACUCCAGACUUGCUUUUUGGGGAUGAAGGAGUUUUAACUGGGAAAAGCUGAAGGCAGGAGUUUAAUCCCUUCCUUUCGGGACUCUUUCCAGAAAUUCCGCCUGGAGCUGGACAGAACCUCCCCCAGGAAGGAGCUGCUCCACCUGUCCUUCAUUCCCAACAGCUCCAGGACUGGGAAUUUUCCUCCCCAGUCCCCAAAAACGCUCGGAAUUCCCGUCAUUUCUCCUCGUUCUGUGGCCGAAUUUGGAGCCGGGAAUGUCUAAAAAGCAGAACACAAAAGAUCCCUCGGGAUUUAUCUUUGAUGUUCAGUCCAACACUGUGAUGGCCCAGGGAGGGACCUUUGAGAACAUGAAGGAAAAGAUCGGAGCUGUCCGAGCAAUCGUUCCCAACAGGAGCAACAAUGAGAUCGUCCUGGUCCUGCAACACUUUGACAACUGUGUGGAUAAAACAGUCCAGGCCUUCAUGGAAGGGAAUGCCAGUGACGUGCUGAAGGAAUGGACUGUGACAGGCAAAAAAAAGAACAAAAAGAAGAAACCCAAACCCAAACUUCCCAGUGGCUCCAGCUCUGCCCUCCCAGCCCCUGGAAAACCAGUUCCUCCUGGAGAGGAGACCCCUGGAAACUGGGAGAAGGGGGGGAUGAACGGAUUCCACAUGAACGGCUGCGCCCAGGACACGGAAUCUGUGGAUUCCCUGAGUGAGGGCCUGGAUGGGAUGUCGAUGGAUGGCAGGGAAGUGGAUGCAGAGCCCGGCCUAAGGAAUGGACUGUCCGGCCCUGACCCCCCCAGGCGCCCCCCCCCCCCCCCCCCCAGGGCUCUGCCCCCCCCCCACUCCGACCCCCGGGAAGAGGCUCCGGUGUCACCCCCCGGCAGGAAAAUGGGGUCGAACAUCGAGAAGUCUGUGAAGGACCUGCAGCGCUGCUCCGUGUCCCUGGCACGGUACCGGGCCCUGCUCAAGGAGGAGAUGGACACAUCCAUCAGGAAGAUGAAGCAGGUCUUUGCUGAGCUCCAGAGCAGCCUCAUGGACCGAGAAGUGGCUUUGCUGGCAGAGAUGGACAAAGUGAAGGCAGAAGCAAUGGAGAUCCUGGUGGGGAGGCAGAGGAGGGCGGAGGCCCUGCGGAAACUCACGGACGGGGCCGCGCGGAUGUCGGAGGAGCAGCUGCUGGAGCUCAGGGCUGACAUCAAGCACUUUGUGAGCGAGCGCAAGUACGACGAGGAGCUGGGCAGGGCCGGCAGGUUCACCUGCGACCUGGAGGGGCUCAAGAGGAGCAUCACCUGCUUCGGCCAAGUGUCCCACCCCAAGACCAGCUAUUCCAGCCGCUCCCGCUGCAGCUCCGGGCCCCCCGGGGCCCCCCCGGGCCCCCCCAGUGCCUCCCCCACCCCCAGCACGGCCGGGAAAGCCCCGGGACCCCCCGAGGGGGCUCUGGGGGACACGGGGGGGGGACGGCCCCGGCCCCCCCCGAGAGCCUUCCCAGCGGAUCCGGAAGGCAGAAGGAGGACCCCGAGCCCCGACCCCGCGGCACAACGGCCCCCCCGAGCCCCCCAACAGCGGGACCCGGCCCGGCCCCCACAACCCUCCGACCCCAGGCCCCCCCACAGCCCCCCGGGGGGGGCUCCCCCAACGGAGACCCCGCAAGAGCCACCCCAAGGGAGUGAAUUCCUGAGGAAAACUCUGGGAUCCUGACGGGGGUCCCAGCCACGUUUACAAUUCCCGUUCUGUGCCAUUUCCCCUCCUUUUUACCCCUUUCUCCCCCCCAUCCUGGUCUGUUCUGUGUUGUCCCAUCGGGAUUUGGGGGCUCAGGACCCCCCCAGUGCUGCCAUCGCCCCCCCCCCUUCUCCUUCUCCAUCCCAAAAAUCCCUCGCGCUGGAAGCGAGGAGGAGUGGGGGGAAGGAGGGGCCUCUGACCCCCCCAGGAUCUGGAAUGUUCUCCUCUGGGAACUGGGGAGUCCCCUCUGUCUCCCCCAAAUCUGGGAUGUUCCCUGAGGCCCUCUGGGAUCUGAGGUGUCCCCUCUGUGUCCCCCCAGGAUCUGGAAUGUUCCCUGUGGGAUCUGGGGUGUUCCCUCUGACCUCUCUGUGUGCGCUGGGAUUGGGGGGGGGUCCCCUCAGCUGCACAUUUCGGCUUUUUCCCUGGAUUUUCUUUGGGGAAUUUCCUUCAUUCCCAUCCCAGUUCCUGCCUCUCCCCCCCCGCAAAAUCCCCUUCAUAUCAACACCCGGGAGCAAAUCCCAGACAUUCCUGGGAACAAGGACAGUAAAUCCAAAUGGGGGAGGGCUGGGGGGGGGUCCCCAACUUUUCUGCCUCCCCCCUUUUUUCCAUGUUUUUUUUUCCAAGUUUGAUUUUUUUGUUGUUUUUUUUUCCUUUAAUUAAUUACAACUUCGGAACAAAUCAAUGAAAUGUU